GACAGUAUGGGGUCCAGUGUACUGUUCCUCGUCCUCUUACUGAUGCCAUUAUUCACCCCCUAUGGAGGCAGUCAAGUGGAAGCAAAAGCUGUAGUGAAAGUGACUCCAGAUGAACGUGUGUUCAGUGGAGAGACAGUCACUCUCACAUGUGAAAUACAGGGAGCAGGAAAUGACACGCAGUGGACAUACAGCUGGUUUAAAGAUGGUUCAAUCAUCCCGAACAGCACUGAGAGAGUCUACAACAUCACAUUUAAUGUGUCUGAUAGUGGUCAAUACAGCUGUGAAGCAAAGAAAUCACACAUCAGUGCUGCUGUUACACUGACUGUAUCAGAUUCCCCCAGAUCUUCACUGACUGUGACUCCAGACAGUCCUGUAUUCACUGGAGAGACAGUCAAUCUGAAGUGUGUGAUUGAGUCUCACAGUAACUGGAGAUAUGAGUGGUAUAAAGACACAGACAGUGUAAUGUUACAGACGUCUGAUCGUUACACUGUAAACAGAGACACUCUCACUAUCAGAGGAGUAAUUACAUCUGAUCAGGAUCAGUACUGGUGUAGAGGACAGAGAGAUCAGAGACCAAACUCAUCACAAUCAAGCUCAGUUUAUCUCACUGUGACAGAAUGCAAUAUUGGAUGCGGUUUGCAUGUAGAAUACAGUAUUACAUUACUCAGACUGACUUGUUCAUUGGUAAGCAAUAUAAACAAAACACCAUUAUAUUUUAAUCAACAAUUGUACUCUGAAUGUCUACAUUGUUCUUUAGAUUCACCCAUACCUACACUGACUGUGACUCCAGACAAUACAGUAUUCACUGAAGAGACACUCAAUCUGACAUGUGUGAUUGAGACUUAUAGUGACUGGAGACAGAGAAAUUACCAGAUAUAUGACUGGAGAUAUGAAUGGAGAAAUUACUGGACAUAUGAGUGGAGAUAUGAGUGGUAUAAAGGCAGCAAAUACAGUGUAAUGUUACAGACGUCUGAUCGUUACACUGUAAACAGAGACACUCUCACUAUCAGAGGAGCGAAUGAAUCUGAUCAGGAUCAGUACUGGUGUAGAGGACAGAGAGGUCAGAGACCAAACUCAUCACAUUUCAGUUCCGCUGUUAAUCUCACUGUGAUAGAUUUACACAGAACUGUUCUAACCAUGAUGCCAGACAGUCCUGUGUUCACUGGAGAGACAGUCAAUCUGACGUGUGGGAUAAAGUCUAAUCACAGUAACUGGACAGAGUGGACAAAUAACUUGAGAUAUGAGUGGAAUAAAGGCAAAUACAGUGUAAUGUUAAACACAUCUGAUCGUUACACUGUAAACAGAGACACUCUCACUAUCAGAGGAGUGAAUGAGUCUGAUCAGGGUCAGUACUGGUGUAGAGGACAGAGAGAUGGAGAACCAUCAAGAUCAACGAAUACAUCUGUUUAUCUCUAUGUGAUGGAGAGACCAAAAGCUGUAGUGAAGGUGACUCCAGCUGAGCGUGUGUUCAGCGGAGAGACAGUCAAUCUCACAUGUGACAUCCAGGGAGCAGGACACUUUCAGUGGACAUACAGAUGGUUUAAAGAUGGUUCAGUCAUCAGACGCAUCACUGAGAGACUCUACAGCAUCACAUCUGUGUCUGAUAGUGCUGAAUACAGCUGUAGAGGAGAGAGAUCAGACUCACAGAAAUCACACAUCAGUGCUGCUGUUACACUGACUGUAUCAGGUCAGAUUUCUGUCUUCAGCAUCCUCAGUUUUCUUCUGGCAGCUUGUCCGUAUCUGCUGUCGACAGCCGUGCUGCUGUUCAAAUGUUACAGAGCGAGAGUUCCAUCUCCUGAAGACCAAAGCCAGUACGAAGUGAAAGAAGAAACUUCAACUUACAAACCCAAAGUAAGUGUAAAGCCGCAGAGUUCAGUGUUCACUGGAGACACAGUUACUCUGAGCUGUGAUGUGGGACAGUCAACGAGACGAACGAUUGUCUGGGUCAAAGACUCUAAGAGAAUAGAAACUGGUGAUGAAACAAAAACAUUGAGAAAUGUGAGAGUCUCUGAUGGAGGACAAUAUGCAUGUGCUGUAGGAAAAGAGACCACACAAGGCCAUAAAGUCAUGCUAACAGUGAGAGAGAGACCCAAGCCUGCGUUGCGUGUUGAGCCUGAUGUACAUGUGAUCAGAGGACAGACGGUCAAUCUCACAUGUGACAUACAGGAGACAGACGUCAGCAGCUGGAGCUACAUCUGGAGUAAAGAUGAUUCAGAGAUUGAUGUCAGUCAGUCACAGGAAUACAGAAUCAGUUCUGUUAAUGAAUCUCACACGGGUCGUUACAGCUGUACUGGAAGAGAAACAGGAGGAUCACGAUCCUCACACACCAGUAAUACAGUUACACUCACCGUAUCAGGAUCUCGAGUACCAAGACCAACAUCUUUAAAUGUUUUGAUGAUUGGAGUGAUUUCAGGACUCAGUGGUGCAUUUCUGCUCAUUUUGUUACUGGUCCUGCUGUUCUGCUGCAGACGCAACAAAGGUGAAGGAUCUCCAUCUCCGUCUACAGACCAUCAGCUGCAGAACAUCAGUCAGACAUCAGAGCAUCAGAGCAACCAUGGACAAACACCAGCGUGCUUCAACUCUGUAACCGGGCCUCCGUCUGUGACCUAUAUGAAUGUUGGCCUGAAAUCAUUGGAGGAAAUGAGGAAGAAAAAUAAAGGAGAGCAGAGUUCUGACACCAUUUACUCCAAAUUGACGUUUUAAGGCGCUGUUUCUGGAUCAAUAUGACGAAUGCUCGGACAACGUUCAUCAACACUGGAUUACAAAAAAAAAAAGAAUAUGUUGAAGAAUUUGAUAUAUUACCCUGAUUAUUAAUUGUAUUGUUUAAAUAAUUAAACAUAACAUGCAAAUCUUCAUAAUCUGUGACAUUUUAAAUCAUGAUUCUGACCACUGAUACAGUACUGCAUUUACUGUUACAUUUAUUAUAUGUAUUACAGAAUUAUGAAUAUUAAAAGAAAAUAGCAAUAGGCCUCGUCGUCCACUAGAUGUCAUAAUAGACAAUUUUGUCACUUCAUCCACAUUUUUUAUUUGCACUUGUGCAUUAUUUUUGUUAUAUACUGUGUGUUAGUCCUCUUGCUUUCAUACCUGUGCUGCUUGUAGCCUGUUUUUAUCAUUUAAGCUAAUCAAAUGUAUUU